AUGGAUUAUUAUUCUACAUACGAAAGUCUAGAAGAAAACUGGAAUGCUGACCCAAAUGAUCAUGAAUUUAUGUUUACUCAUGAUUAUCUGGCUGCAACAAAAGCAAGAAAUUUGUUAGAAGAUCAAAAACUAAAGCAACAAAACUCACAAUUAGUUGGCGUAUGGGAAGUAGAAUUGACUCCAGAUGAAUCUUUAAACUUAACUGAGUUGAGAGUCUGCUCUAAUCAUUUUAACUUCGAUCAUGGACAACUUCAUUCGUCUGGUACUAAACAAUUAAGGCAUUAUACUAAAGGUGUAGUUAAUAAAAAAAAAAGCUUAUUAUGCAAUAAAUAUAAAACAUUUUUUAGUAGAGGUAAUGAUUGUGUAGACCAUUGUUGGAAUGUAUGUGGAAGAGAUGUUCAAGUCCUAUGUCUUGGUUUAAAAUCUUGCCCCGUAUUUCGAAUAAUUCCAAAGAUUGCUUCGAAAUUUACUAUUGGUGACAGAUAUGUUAGAUAUAUCUGUGCAAAAUGCUUCGAAAAACAUGAUGGACAUCUUCAUAAACAUCUAGGAUUUGGAAAGUCUCAAACAUGUGUUGAGAAUAACCUGCAUACAGAAGACACUAACCAUAUUUUAUGGCUUUUUUCGUCUUGGUUAUUUAACCUCUCAUAUUCUCAAAAUGAGAAUAAAAAAGAAGAGGUAUUGCGGCAUCUUAUAAAAUUAUUAGAAAAUCCAGAAUUAUCGUCAUUAACUUCAAUGGAUAUGGAUUUUAAUUUACCUAGCCCAUUGCUUGUAAAAAUUGGCAUGAAAAUUAAUAGGUUCAAUGAUUACUCGUCUACAGAUAAAAAACUUAUAAAAGUAGAAGAAAGCCGUCAAUUUGGAGAAAUGUUAGGAAAUACAAUAUGUAAUUCUCAUAAAGAUAUUGAAAAAAAUCACCCAGCUAACCUUAAACAAAAAAUUAUGGCAAUCCAAGAUGAACGCGAGAGAGUGUUAUUGUUGUAUGAUGAAUUUGUAGAAUAUAAUCAGAUUAAUAUAGGAAAACGUAAAGUUACCCAAUAUACUGAAGCAUUAUGGCAGCUUGUUGACAAACUUACCUUCGCAUUUUAUCAUCCUGAUCCUACUCAACAUGAUCUUUUUAAGCAUGCUCAGGAAAUGAAUCGAGAUGAAAAAGUUACAAAAGGAAGACAGGUUAAAGAUUUAGUUAAUGUUUUAGCUAAAGAAUAUUUAUUAUUUAAAAAAGAAUAA